AUGGUGCCUCAACAAAAAAAAGCCACUCCUAUUCCUGGCGUCGGGAUUCCGGACCUUCCAUGUGGACUUGAGGCAUGGUGUGCUGCCGUAAAGCAGUGGGAAGACCCUGUGGCAUCUAUCAGAGGCAAGGCCCUGAAGGAUUGGCCAGAGGAGUGGUAUACUGGUCCCAUGCACACGAUCACCAGUGUGAAACAGAACAUCUGCAAGGUGAUUGCCAUGGAGUGCUACCGGCUGCAGCAGGACGAGGGAGUAUUUCUGGAGACAUACCCUGAGGCAACCCGUGGUGUCAAGCCGCUUUUUGAUGUGAUCCAGCACCAAUGCGAGGGACGUGGUAAAAUCACUGGACAAGCAAGUAAGAAUGGCCGCCCAGAAGUCUGA